AUGUGUGGCAGCCCAGCGAUAAGUGACCCGCUGACGGAUACGCGAAUACACACGUUUACAUCGCGGUAUGCUGACGUCAAGCAAUCUCGCGUUCUCCUCAAGUGCAGCCAGCCGCACCGUCGUCAAUCGAGUUCGCAGAAGCGCGAGCCAUGCGUACGUAAUCUUCAUGUAGUUAACAAUGCUUGCUGCAUUGUUACACACCGUUUUAAUAAUACGUUACAGAACGAAUCAGGACAAUAAACGAAGCACGUGGGAUCGAACGGGAGGAAUAAUCCAUGGAACUUCGAUCGGAAGGUCAACGAGAAAGAACCUCUCGGCAGAAAUUCAUGGGAAAUGGAGGGAUAAUCGGCGAGUUUCCAUCAAAUUACUGUCACAAGCGGCCGCGAAACCUUCACACAAAACAACUUCCUCGAACCACACUGUUUAUCGGUUUACGAGUCCGCGAAUAUCCCGGAGCUCGUGUUCGAAAGAUGUUCGAAAAGUAACACACGGCUUGAAUGGUUUCGGGAAGGAAUGCGCGUCAAGACGUGUUCCAAACGGCAAAACGAAAGGUGGCAAAGGAAAAGAGCGCUGGGACGCGCGACGAGAUCGUUACUUGCGGGGGAGAACUGUCACGCACAAAAUGGCCAUUCGCCGUUAACAGCUUGGCAGACGAGCCUGGAGGCGGCGCUUUGCGUUCUUGCUCGCCCUCCGUCGAUAGACACGCUCACUAAACGAACGCCGUGGCCCCGCUGAAUACGUGAAAAUCCUUUUCCCCAGUAUUUUCGCGUCCAUAUUUUUUGCUUUUUCAAACCACAACACAACAGUUGAAAGCGACGAAUCUGCCCCACUUCCCUCCUGCUUCUCCGCUUUUCCUAAAGAUGGCGUCACGCGGCCCGGUUUUUUCACCAAUUGUUUGUCAACAGAGAUACUUUUCGACGAUUUUUCUUUACACCCCCUAUUUCAGUUUGCCGGAUUACAGAAUUUUUUUUUUUAUUUUUUUUCGUACGUAUCAUUACGUAUGUAUAUAUGGAUGAUUCUUAAUCGUUAUACAACAGGCAGCACAGCUUUUCACGGAACAUAUAGUUGAUACUUGAAAGUUGACAUUUGAACAGUGGUUCAAUUUCAUUCUAUUAUACUUGUCUUUCUUGCUAUUUUAAUCUUCCGACUUGAAUGAAAUCUCGUUAACCGCAGGUUUUAUAUUAUGAAAGAAAUUGAGUCUUCAUAGGUGAAUCAUACGGCAAAAAGAGAUUGAAACACAUGCAUGAUUGCACGGCAAAGUUAACGUUAAUAGGUUAUAAAAGUAAUAAUAAGCAACAGUAGAAAACAAAAUGAUGAAAAGAUAAAUGCAUCGGCAAAUGCUAUGUCACAGACAUAAAAAAAGAAGUCUGUAAAAAAGGAAUUAUUAUCAAUAUACUGAAAUUGUGAAACAAGUUAAUACAUACAUAAAAACAAAGAGGUAAAAGUAGAGGUUUCACAAAUGCCACCUACAAGUAACUAAACACUUACUCCUCCCAAAUCUUUGAUCU